ACUGUGUUUAUUAGGGGAAGGAGGGCGGAGGCGGAGGCCAGUUCCCCAGUUCCAGUCGCCGUCGCCUGCACAGUUGCAGCCGCCGCCUUCCAGCUGCUCGCCCAAGGAAAAGGGAACGCGCGCGAGCUCGGGCGUCCCCGCCCCAGUCUUUCCCCGGAACCAUGAACCCUAACUGCGCCCGGUGCGGCAAGAUCGUGUAUCCCACGGAGAAGGUGAACUGUCUGGAUAAGUUCUGGCAUAAAGCAUGCUUUCACUGUGAGACCUGCAAGAUGACCCUGAACAUGAAGAACUACAAGGGCUAUGAGAAGAAGCCCUACUGCAAUGCACACUACCCCAAGCAGUCCUUCACCAUGGUUGCUGACACUCCGGAAAACCUCCGCCUCAAGCAACAGAGUGAGCUGCAGAGUCAGGUGCGCUACAAGGAGGAGUUUGAGAAGAACAAGGGUAAAGGCUUCAGCGUGGUGGCAGACACACCCGAGCUGCAGAGAAUCAAGAAGACCCAGGACCAGAUCAGCAAUAUCAAAUACCAUGAGGAGUUUGAGAAGAGCCGCAUGGGGCCCAGUGGAGGUGAAGGUGUGGAACCAGAGCGCCGAGAACCCCAGGACAGCAGCAGCUACCGGAGGCCACCUGAGCAGCAACAGCAGCAGCCUCCCCACAUCCCGACCAAUGCCCCAGUUUACCAGCAGCCCCAACAGCAGCUGACUCCAUCCUAUGGUGGCUACAAGGAACCUGCAGCCCCUGUCUCCAUACAACGUAGUGCCCCAGGUGGUGGUGGGAAACGGUACCGCGCAGUAUAUGACUACAGUGCUGCCGACGAGGACGAGGUCUCCUUCCAGGACGGCGACACCAUCGUCAACGUGCAGCAGAUCGAUGACGGCUGGAUGUAUGGGACCGUGGAACGCACUGGCGACACAGGGAUGCUGCCAGCCAACUACGUGGAGGCCAUCUGAGCCCCGUGCUGCCCCACCCUCUGUCCUCAAUGCAUUCCAUGCAUCACAUCUGUCCUGGGGCCUGACCCACCCACCCCUCAGUGUCUCUGUCUCUUAAGAUCCGCCACUGCUUCAUCCCUGCCCCUCCUCCAGCUUCUUUUGCGGACCCAGGCCUUGUUCUGCCACUGUCUGGGGCUCCUUCCUCUGGCAGGUUUUCCCUUGGACCAACUGACUGAUUGACUUUUCUCUCUGGAUGGAACAGGCUGGGCACUCUGGGGAGGGCAGGACUCUUCUGGGGAGGGUGGGCUCACAGGGCUGGGCUGAAAUAACUAAUAGGCAACCCAUUAAAGAGAUUGGAUAGGCGGGGCAUAGUGGCACAUACCUUUAAUUCCAGCACUAGGGAGUCAGAGACAAACGGAUCUCUGAAUUCAAGGCUGGCCUGAUCUGCAUCAUGAGUUCCAGGACAGCCAGAUGAGACCCUGUCUUGGGGAAGGGAGGAUUAGUUAGCUCCCAGCUCCACUUCCUGCCUUAGGCCCUUCAGAACCCCUGACCUAGCUCCCCUGGCACUCUGUAUCCUAGGGUUGGGGUGAGCCCCAUACUCCUCAUACCUCCAGGUGGGGUUCCAUACAUUCCCAGGGGGAAGGUAUUAACGCCUCAGUAAUGUUGGGACCAAUGUGAUGAGUUUACCUUUUUGCUAGUUCGCCCUCCUCAUCCUGUGUGUGUUCCUUCACACACUGAGUGUGCCGUCCUGCCCACACAAACCUAGGAUGGCCAAAGAGCUCCUCGGGAAGCACAGCUGGGGUCAAGUUCUUGCCUUACUUUUAGGGGCAGCGGCGGGACGCGGGGUGUUCUCCCCGGGCCUGUCUCUCCCCGCCUCCCCCAGCUCCAGGGACUCUCUUUAUCUCCCUGACUGGGGGCCUGCUGUGAAGGGUAGAGCAAGGGAUGCCUCUGCCGCUUGAGCUAACUGAGCUGUUCCUUCCUGCUCCCCAGGGAGGAGGUCUCCGCGUCUCCUAUGGCCUUCCCUUCCUGCGACAAGGCUGGAUGGGGCCUGGAGCUUACGAAAAUGACACAGGAGGCUCCAUCCUUUUGCUCACUCACUGGGGAGGUGGGAGAAGGCUUUCCUGUCCUUGUGUCUGAGGCUGCAGAGUAGGGUAGGACCAAGUCACCCACACUGUGGCACCUCCCUCGGGGCUCUCCUGCCCUUGGAGCAGGGAAGAGAGUCCAGGACCCCAAAGCUGGCGGCACCAUCUCUAGACUGGUGCUAAACUCUCAGGUUCGCACCUGGGGCCUGGGACAGUCCUUACUUGGCUUCAUUCAUCUCUGAGUUUUCUUGUCACCUCUCCUGGGUCCCCCGACUCUCAUCUUCACUUUGAGUCUCUAUCAGGUCCCUUUGCACACAGACCCUGCUGCAGGCGAGGUUUGAACCUGAAGCCACUGGUCAGAUCACCGAUGCAGUGGUCAAGACACCCUGGGAGGGCUUAGUGAGGAAGCUCUCCCACCUGGCCGGUCCCCUCUCCUGUGCGCAGCAUGGGACCUUUGUGGAGGCACAGCAGGAGUCCCUGGGGAGGUGACAGUCUACUCCAUUUCCUCUUGAUCUCAAAGCACAAUGCGGUUCUGGGGACCAGAGGUCAGGGACUCUCACCCUUGGAGGGCCUGUGCUUGGGAGGCGCCUGGUUCCAGUCAGCUGGACCUCCCUUCCCAACAUAAGCCCGUGCUCUUCUACUGCUCUAGAAAUGAGGGAGACGCUUACACACCCAUAGAGGGAAGAGGAUCUAUCUAUUGGUGCUGAGGGCCCCAGCUGGAGUCCAUAUUCUUUUCCAGAAGCAUCCACCCCUAGGAGAGCACAGGAUCCCCAAGCCCAUGGUCUCUUCUUUUGUAAAGGUCUUUCAGCCAAUCAAAACCCAGGAAAAAAAAGCACCUUGGCUAGACUGUGAACUUAACUUUGUGGGCCAACCCUGCAACACAAGAAGCUGGUGGUGAGAAAUAUAAAUUCUCCCCACACUGCUUCCCGUUUCCCCGCCCUCGUGUCCCUCCAGGGAGCAUUUUAUUUGCUAAUAGCUGGACACAAGACAAAAAGUACCAUCCCACAAAGCUUAUAUUUACAAGGAAACAGAAAUGGCCCUGUGAAAUUCGCCUCUGUCCGACAUUCCAUCUGUGUGUGUGUGGUGUGUGUCUAUGUGUGUAAAGCUGCCCACUCAUCUUUUAUAUGGGGUUGUCAUCUUUCUUUGGUCUGUUUGGUCCCCUCCCUCCUGGCCUUGCACUUGGGAUCAGUUCUUUCUGGCCUGUUAUGAUUCUGAACAUUGACUUGAACCACAAAGUGAAUCUAUCCUGGUGACACAAAUAAAAGUCUAAUUUUUA